AUGUUCCUGGCACAUGGCUGCAACAUUAAUGGAGUUAUUCCUUCUACCAUCGGAAACCUGAUUGGUCUGCAACGUAUAAACUUAUCAAAAAAUCAAAUCAGAGGAGUUAUACCUCCAACAUUAGGGAAAUUAAAUCGGCUUCAAAGAUUACUUCUUGAUGCCAAUCAACUCCAUGGAUUAAUCCCUACGGAUAUUUGUGGACUGACUAAUAUUGGCGACUUGAACCUGAACGACAAUAAUCUCACAGGUCCCAUACCUGAAUGCUUCGGUGAGCUUAAAUCCCUAAGAGAGAUCUACUUACAGUCCAACAAGUUGAAUUCCAGCAUACCUCUCAGCUUCUGGAACUUGAAGGACCUUUUGUUUCUCAACUUGUCCUCAAACAGUUUGAGUGGUCACCUUUCAUAUGAAAUUGCAGGUUUGAGACAACUAAAUAAACUAGAUUUGUCUCAUAAUCAACUUUCCGGAGACAUUCCAAGAUCAAUCGAUGGUUGCGAAUCAUUAACAUCUCUAAAUUUGUCGGAUAACAAAUUUGAAAGAUCCAUUCAUCCAUCACUGGGGAAUAUCAGAGCCUUGAGGGAAUUGGAUUUAUCUAACAAUAAUCUUUCGGGGCUGAUCCCAGAGUCCUUAGAAGGCCUCAAAUUCCUUCACUACUUCAAUGUGUCUUACAACAAAUUGGAAGGAAUGAUUCCCACCGGUGGCCCUUUUGUUAACAUUACUGCUCAAUCUUUUCUUCACAACUUUGCUCUUUGUAGAGAUCAAAGAUUUCAAGUGCCCCAAUGCAUUGGGAACAAUCUCAAGAAGAAUUCUAGACUGAAGAAAGUUGAACGGCUGACGAAGUAUAUUGUGACUCCAUUCAUUUCAGUUAUCAUUUUAACAACCAUUAUAGUACUUGUGUUCGUGAGAACACGAAAACCAAAAAGAGGACUUGCUCCCACUGAUGAUGUUUCGCUUGGUGUUACUUGGAGAAGAAUCUCAUACAUAGAACUUGUUAGGGGAACUGACAACUUCAGCGAAACAAACUUACUUGGAAAUGGAAGCUUUGGUUCGGUUUUCAAAGGGGUGCUUUCUGAUGGACUAAAUGUUGCAGUGAAAGUAUUCAACUCGCAAUUAGAAAGAGCUAUCCGCAGUUUUGAUACGGAAUGUGAAAUACUUAGCAGCAUUCGACACAGAAACUUGGUCCAAAUAAUUGGUUGUUGUAGCAACACAAAAUUCAAAGCAUUGGUUCUUGGGUUCAUGCCAAAUGGAAGCCUAGAGAAAUGGCUGCACUUGGAAAAUUGUGUCUUGGAUUUGAUACCAAGGCUGCAAAUUGCAAUAGAUGUUGCAUUAGCCUUGGAAUAUCUCCACCAUGGCCACACAUUCCCAGUUGUUCAUUGUGAUAUAAAGCCGAGUAAUGUGUUGCUUGAUGAGAAUAUGGUUGCCCACCUUUGUGAUUUUGGUAUAGCCAAGCUCUUUGACGAUGGGCAGAAUAUUUUUCUCACGAGAACAUUGGGGACAAUUGGUUACGCCGCACCAGAGUAUGGAUCAGGAGGCAGAGUGUCAACAAGUGCAGACGUUUAUAGCUAUGGCAUACUGUUGCUGGAAAUGUUCACGAGCAAGAAGCCAACUGAUGAUAUUUUCAAUGAACAGAUGAGCUUGGAGGAGUGGGUAUAUGAAGCAAUACGAGAAAAUACAGUUGCAAAACUUGUGGGCCUUAAUUUGCUAGCAAGUGACGAUCUGCAUUUUCAUGCAAAGGAAGAAUGUGUCUCGUCUAUCUUUGGCUUGGCAAUGAGAUGUCUAGCUGUUAUGCCCGAUGAAAGGAUUAGCAUGAUCGAAACAACAGCUACAUUGCAGAGGACUAAAGCCAAAGUUGUGGCUGACACUACAAAGUUCAGAGUGAUGUUCCCGGCAGGCCCGCCAGCUAGGAAGCGUCGUGGGCCAAUCCCCCUGGUCUCAUCGAACUUGGACUGGGUCCGGAGCUUGGGCCCAGUCCAAAUCAGGACCUAA